AUGAAGCGUGGGGACGAGGAGGCAGAGCGGUGGCGGAGGCUACUUGUGAAUCACAAAGAGCUGGCCGAAAAGAUGCACAAUCUCCUGCAACUUACACUUGCGCCUGCCGUACCUUCCUCACUCUGUGACAUCCCGACCAAGUACAACAUUAUUAUGCACCUUUGGACGACUACGUUCAAUCGUCUCCUGCAGUCCCUCCGUCGCGCUUCGAUGCCACCUGUAAGUUCGGAAAUUGCGCGAGAAGGAUUUCAUUUACCGCGCGUUCACGUUCUACACUGGGAGAGCACAAUCUCGCUGAGUUUCGCGCCGGUUGAGUCGAGGUGCUCUGAUGAUGAGCACAUCCUUCGGGCCAGUGGUGGUCGGCUCACCGUUUCUGCAAUUGCUACAGCUUCUGCAAUUGCAGCGAGCCAUUCUCUUGACACUCCUUGGCUUGCUACACGGAACGCGUCUGCGCUUUCUGACCAUCCGGAGAUUCCCUCGGUGAAGCGUGCCUCACCGACGCCCGCAGCGCCCAUCGAUGACUCACCGCCAUCCUCACAACUGAAUGAUGGGCCGAAUGCUAACGCCAACGCUAACAUACCCAGUGUUGGCCUUGCCGCUGCGCGUAUGAAUGGAGAUGGAGCCGGAGAAGGAGCAGCGGCGGAUGAUCGCUAG